AUGAGCUCUCAGCCCUACACUGCCGGUCUUCAUCAAUCCAGUACUCAGAGUCAUCGCCAAGCGGCUCCGAAGCGGCCGUUACCCAACCGUGCCGAUGAGCCGCCAAAAAGAGCGCUUAUCGGUCAAAACGGUCAAAACACACCUUCGGGUGGCGGGACGCCAAACAGCACCGGAAACGCUGAAGUGGAUGUAAAACAACAGUUACUUAACUAUCAAAAAAUAUUCGAUCAUGCCUCAUAUCCAUUCAUUAAUGAUGUUUCUGCCUACGAGAAGUUAAGUAAAAUUGGACAGGGAACGUUCGGGGAAGUAUUUAAAGCACGAUGUAAAACAACGGGUCGAAUGGUAGCCCUUAAAAAGAUUUUGAUGGAAAACGAAAAAGAAGGUUUCCCUAUAACAGCUUUAAGAGAAGUAAAAAUGUUGGAACAACUCAAACAUCAGAAUAUUACCGAUUUAAUUGAAGUUUGCAGUGCGAAGACAGGUUCAACAUCGACGUCUAAAGAUCGAACGACGUUCUAUCUUGUAUUCGCAUUCUGUGAACACGAUCUGGCUGGUCUGUUAUCAAAUCCAAAAGUAAGGAUGUCGUUAGUUCAUAUCAAAACAAUGAUGAAGCAUUUAAUAACUGGAUUGAAUAAAUUGCAUCGGAGUAAAAUUCUACACAGAGAUAUGAAGGCAGCGAAUGUACUGAUAUCAAAAGAAGGAGUACUCAAGUUAGCCGAUUUUGGAUUGGCGAGGCCGUUUGUGCAGAGAGAAAACCCAAACCAUCCCCGACCUCUUUACACAAAUCGUGUUGUUACUCUUUGGUAUCGUCCGCCAGAACUUCUUCUCGGUGAUCGGGCAUAUGGUACAAAAAUUGAUGUGUGGGGCGCUGGAUGUAUUAUGGCUGAAAUGUGGACACGGCAGCCGAUUAUGCAAGGAGAUACCGAGCAGAAGCAACUCACGCUGAUCUCAGCUCUCUGUGGAUCAAUUAAUCCAGAGGUUUGGCCAAACUGUGUGAAAAUGCCGCUCUACUCUGCUAUGGCCGCCGAACCAAACUCAGCUCUCCCACAAGGAAAAGGAAGAUGCUUGAAAUUAAAAAUACGGCAUCUCAUGAAGUUUGAUUCAGCAGACGGAAAACCACAAUCGGAUCCAUAUGGAAAGAAAACGAAUGACCAAGUACCAUCGGACGACGAUGCAAUGAAUCUUCUCGAAAACUUGUUGGCAAUCGAUCCAGAUAGACGACCGACAGCCGAUGAAGCAGAAGAUGAUAUUUGGUUUUACAAGGAUCCAGUACCACGAGCAAAUGUCGGAGAUUUGAUGGAUACCAUACCGACAUCCCAAUUCGAGUAUACAGUUGGAAAAGGAGCACACGCCGGGCGCGGACGUCAUCACAAUAAUCCACAAAGACCUCAUCAAGCUCCUCGGCAAUCGAAUGCAAUUCCAGCUGGACAAUAUCGUGAUACGAUAUUCUGA